AUUCCUUGCUGUGUAACGAAAAUAAGGAUGACGACGUGAACGAUAUUGAAAGCUGCUUCGAGGUGCAGUGCAAUCAGGUCUUCAUUGGAAUGGUUACCAUGCAAUAUCAGGCACAAACUGAUAUGGUACAAUUGAUUGAGCAAUUGGAUAGAGCAUGCAUAAGGUUUGUGCACUUCAGCAAGGAGAACGAACUGCGCUCGCGUGUUUUCUCAGAGAAAAUGGGCUUGGAGAGCGGCUGGAAUUGUCACAUCUCGUUACUCAGCGAGGGAGCCAG